CACAGAAAUUGGGUGGGCGACGGCGCUACGAGGCUUCCUAGUACGCGAGUUAUGCUCAGGUGCGGCAGACUACAGCUACUGAGAAUGCUAUCGUCUUCAUCCGGCCUUAACCCUAGUUUCAACCCAACCAUCGCAAUCGGAGCCGCCUCUGCAGCUCGUUCCCCAUCCUCCACCCUCCCUCUCUUCAGCAACCACAAUUUCUCCAUCUCUUGCUCCCCGUUUUCUCCUCGCUCCAUGACUCUCCCCAAAUGCUUCUCUGCAACCACCAGGCCCAUCGCCGUUCCGGACCCAACCGAUUCUAGGAACGAGGGAGUGGAAACGAGUGGCUCUAGCUCGAUGCCUCUCGUGGUGGUCUCCUUCUACAAGUUCGCAGAUUUCCCUGACCACGCCGAUUUGCGGAAACCCUUGAAGGACCUCUGCCAGCGGCUGCGUGUUUCAGGAGGUAUAAUUCUUGCGCCGGAGGGAAUCAAUGGAAGUAUAUGUGGGACCCAGGAAUCAGUGGAAAAAGUCCUUGAGUUAAUUCAAACUGAUAAGCGUCUUAAGGGGCUUAGACAAGUGGAGUCACCUGUGAGCCCUGAGGAGGAAGCCAUCCACCAUGGACACAGUAGUACUUCUCCCCUUGCUGCAGGAGAUGAUGCUCCCUUCCGAUGGGAUCAUGUGAGAGUCAGGUUAAAGAGAGAGAUUGUUUCUCUUGGCAUGCCUACUGUAUCUCCUGCUGAAAGAGUUGGAAAGUAUGUAAGCCCAAAGGACUGGAAUGCGUUGAUUAGUGAUCCAGACACGGUGGUGAUUGAUGUGCGAAAUGACUACGAAAUUAGAAUUGGGAGAUUCAAAGGAGCCGUUGAUCCACACACCACGGCGUUCCGGGAAUUCCCAUCUUGGAUUGAAGAGGAGUUUCAAGUUACUGAAACAGAAGCUCAGGUGAGGUUGAAUAAUUCAGAUGGAAGCACCCAACAGCAUGUAGAGAACCAAGGAUGUCAAAUGCCACCUCGUGUUGCAAUGUAUUGCACAGGUGGGAUUCGAUGUGAGAAAGCUUCAAGUUUUCUCCUCAGCAAAGGUUUCGGAGAGGUUUACCAUCUGGAAGGGGGUAUUCUGAAAUAUCUGGAGGAAGUCCCCAAGACGGAGAGCCUGUGGGAGGGCGAAUGCUUUGUCUUCGACAAGCGAGUCUCAGUCGAUCAUGGCUUGGUACAGGGAACUUUCAAACUAUGCUAUGGUUGUAAACAACCAGUUAGCGAUGCCGACAUGGAAGCUCCAGAAUGGGAAUAUGGAGUCACUUGCCCACACUGUUACUCAAUGAAAUCAGAAGAGGAGAAGGAGAGAGCAAGAGCUCGACAAAGGCAGUUUGAGACAUGGGGUGUUAUUGGAGGCCCAGAUAAGGGUCGCCGGCCGGCCAGAAAAACCAGCGGUGAUACCAAGUUCUCAAAAUCCCUCUAGUCAUUCUGGAAUGAAUUUUGUCUUCUGAUGUUGGGUUUUUCUUCUUUUGACAUUCCAAUGCUUGUGGCAGGCAGAUGAAUGUUUUUGGGUGUUUCUUCUGUUUUUGCAUGCCUCUUCUCCAUAUUUCCCCCCCUCUUUAGUAGGAGUAGGAUUCCAAGCCCCUGUCGUUUUAUUUUCUUUAAUGCUUGUUACCUUCUAUUUUAAGGGCUGGCUAUUUUUGCCAUACUAUUUUUCCAUA